AUGGAUAGGAGAAAUGACCGCAAUUAUAGGAUUCUCCCAUUCCAAUCAAAGCAUCUGAAUGGAGAUGAGAGAGGUGGUAGUAAUUACAGGUUGAUCCCAUGGGGCUGGAGGCCUCUGCCAGCCUGAAACGUGGCCAUUUUGCAAGAAAGGGCAAAUAAGUUGGUGAAAUACCUGUUGGUUAAGGCAAAGAUCCCCAUCAAGUGCUCAGACAUGCUGAAGGAUGUCAUCCAAGAAUAUGAUGAAUAUUUCCCAGAGAUCAUUGAAUGAGCAAGCUACGCUCUGGAGAAAAUGUUUUGAGUCAAUCUGAAAGAAAUUGAUAAGCAAAGUAACUUGCAUAUUCUCAUCAGCAUUCAGGAAUUCUCUGCAGGCAUACUGGGAAUGGUUAAGGAUUCGCCAAAGCUAGGUCUCCUCAUGGUGCUCCUUAGCAUCAUCUUUAUGAAUGGAAAUUGGUCCAGUGAGGCUGUCAUCUGGGAGGUGCUGCGCAAGCUGGGGCUGCGCCCUGGGGUGAGGCACUCUCUCUUUGGGGAAAUAAGGAAGCUCAUCCCAGACGAAUUUGUGAAGCAGAAGUACCUGGAGUACAAGAGGGUCCCUAACAGCAGAUCACCUGAAUAUGAAUUCUGGGGCUUGCACUCUUACCAUGAGACUAGCAAGAUGAAAGUCCUCAAGUUUUCAUGCAAGAUGCAGAAGAAAGACAUCAAAGACUGGGCUGCUUAGUACCAGGCGGUAGAGAUGGAAGUGCAAGCUGCAGCUGUGGCUGUGGCUGAGGCUGAGGCAAGGGCUGAGGCAAGGGCUGAGGCAAGAUCCCAGAUGAGGAUUGGAGAAGAAGCUGUGGCUGGGCCCUGGAAUUGGGAUGACAUGGCUAUCGACUGCCUAACAAAGGAAGAGUUAGGUGAUAAUGCUCAGUCCUGGAACAGAUUUUAAUUUGAAAUUGAGACCAGAGCCCAAGAAAAUGCCGAAGCCAGCACCAACAUCGACUUCAACAGAGGAGCUAGUACCAGGGUUACCUUCAGUGAUAAUGCUAGCAUUAGCUUCAGUGCUACGCCCAGACCCAGUGGUGGCUUUGGUGGCAGAGCUGGCAUUAGCUUUGGUGGCACACCCAGGACCAGUUCCAGCUUCAGCAGUACAGCCAGCAUUUGCAUUAGUGGUAUACCCAGCACUAGCACUAGUUUUGGUGGUGCAGCCAGUACCAGCUCUAGUUUCAACAGUGAAGCCUGCAUUAGCUUUAGUGGCAUACUUUGUACCAGUGCCAUCUUUGGUGGUGGGGUCAGCUCUAGUUUCAGUGUCUCACUUAGCACCAGUCCCAGUUUCAGUGGUGGAGCCAGCUCUGGCUUUGGAGGCACACUCAGCACCACCACUGGCUUCAAUGGUGCAUUUACUACCAGUAGCAGAUUUAGCAGUAUGCCCAGAACCAGUUCAGUCUUUAGUGGUGCACUUAGCAUCAGGACUGGAUUUGGUGGCACAUUGAGCACUAGUGUCUGCUUUGGUUUCUCUCCCAGCUCUGGUGCCAGCUUUGGUGGCACACUUAAUACCAGUUUCUGCUUUGGUGGCUCUCCUAGCACCACCACUGGUUUUGAUGGAGUACUCAGCACCAGUGUCCCCUUUGGUGGCUCUUCCAGCACCAGCACUGACUUUGGUGGUACACUAAGCACCAGCAUCUGCUUUGGUGGCUCUUCCAGCACUGGUGCCAGCUUUGGUGGUUCAUUCAGCACCAGUGCUGGUUUUAGCAGUGCUGUCAGCACUAGUGCUAGCUUUAGCAGUGCACCCAGCACCAUCUCUGGCUUUGGCAGUAUGUUCAGCACCAAUGCUGACUUCAGUGGGGCGCUUAGCACCACUACUGACUCUGGCAUUGCUCCCAGUACCAGCAUUGGCUUUGGUGGAAUUCCCAGCACCAGCCUCUGCUUUGGCAGUAUGUCUAACACCAACCUAUGCUUUGGUGGCCCUCCUAGCACUAGCACCUGCUUUAGUGGUGCUACCAGUGCUAGUUUUGGUGAUGGAUCCAGUACCGCUGCUGGUUUCAUCUUUGGCAAUGGGUUAAGCACCAAUGCUGGAUUUCGUGGUGGGCUGAGCACCAGUGCUGGCUUUCGUAGUGGACUAGGCACCAGUGCUAUCUUCAGUAGUGAACUGAACACCAGUGCUGGCUUUGGUGGUGGACUGAUCUCAAAUGAUGGCUUUGGUGAUGGACUGGGCACCAACGCUGGUUUUAGCAGCACACUUGGCACAAGUGCUGGCUUUAGUGGUGGCCUCAGCAUCAGUGAUGGUUUUGGUGCUGGCCCUAAUAACAGCUUCAACAGAGGACCAAGUACCAUCAUUGGCUUUGGCAGUGGUUCCAACACCAGCACUGGCUUUAUUGGCGAACCCUGCACCAGCACCAGCUUCAAUUGUGGACCCAGUUCUAUCACUGGCUUCAGCAGUGGACCAAGCAGUAGUGCUGGCUUUGGCGGUGGACUGAGAAAUGGUGCUGGCUUUAGUGGUGGAGCCACCAGACUUGGUGCCUGUAGCUUCUCUUAUGGCUAGUGAGGUUUCAGGUAAUUACAACAUUUGCUCAGCCAUGGCCCAUGGGGAUGGGCAUAAGAACUGGGAAAUGUUAUAAGAAACCCCAAAGGGGGAGGUUUGGGUAGG